AUGCAUCUCAUGCUACUAUUACAUGUAAUCCUUUAUAUAUCGACACCUGUAGACUUGAAGUCUUCUAAUAUUGAUUCUUCUUCUUCUUCAUUACUGUUGGAUUCUGAUUAUUGCAGUCAACAGCGUCCGUUAUCAUCUAAAACCAUUGUUCUACCAAAGAAAUGUUCAUCGUGGCAAGAUUAUUGUUGUACUGAUGUUACAAACAGUGAACAAAAUGAUACCCACUCAUCUUUCAACAAUCAUUCCAUACCAAAACUUGAAUUUCGAGCACAAACAAUAACUAUUCCAUUUUAUGCUCUAAAGAUAUUUUCAUCUUUGUUUAAUCGAUCGCCAAACAGUUCCAAUGUUCAAUUGGAAAUGAAGAUUGUCAAAACAUGUCGAAAAAAUAUCCUCUGUUCAGAACCCGAUUGCUUAGUUAAUCGUUGUUCAACUAAAUGGACUGUAGAGUAUAGUCGACUUGAUGGUCACCAUUUUAGCCCGUGGAAUUGUCAUACAUGUGUACAUACAAAUCAUUGGAGACAAUGCGAACAAAUAUGUGCAAAAUGUUCACAAUGUAUUGCCUAUGAUUUUAUGAUGAGAGGUGUACUAAAAGGUCAAUGUCGGCUAUUCUACAAUGUGACCAAUGAUAAUGUGAUGAUGAAUCCGCAAGCAAAAUCAGCCAGAAAAAUUCGUAUUCGAUGUAAUGGUGAUUUACAGAUAAAUGUUGCUUAUCAAGACGAUGGUGAAUUGUACAAUUUAACAUCAAAUAUUCUCAGAGAUAUAAGAAAUGACGAUGACAGAGCAUCGUUAGUGAAGUAUGUGAAGAUCGAAGUACCUAUUGACACAAGUAUGACAAAACAAAACGACGACAUGGCAUCAAGUCAUGAAUUAAUCAAAGGUAUUAAUAUUAAUGAAUCUAAUCUGUAG